CCUCGCAUUGCCUUCUAUGCGGGUCUGCGGCGGCCGCACGAGGGUUACGAGGUGCUGCGCUUCGACGACGUGGUGACUAACGUGGGCAACGCUUACGAGGCGGCCAGCGGCAAGUUCACCUGCCCCAUGCCGGGCGUCUACUUCUUCGCUUACCAUGUGCUCAUGCGCGGCGGCGACGGCACCAGCAUGUGGGCAGACCUGAUGAAGAACGGACAGGUCCGGGCCAGCGCCAUUGCCCAGGACGCAGACCAGAACUACGACUACGCCAGCAACAGCGUCAUCCUGCACCUGGAUGUGGGCGAUGAAGUCUUCAUCAAGCUGGACGGCGGGAAGGUGCAUGGCGGGAACACCAACAAGUACAGCACUUUCUCUGGCUUCAUCAUCUACCCGGACUGAGCCGGCCCCAUCCUCCACCCACCUCGCUUGCCCUUUAUCUUCUCUUCCCUCCUCACCCACUUUCAGUUGGCCCCACCCAAGGCGCCACCCCAUCCUUUGAGACCCUGGCUGUGGGGUGGACCAGCCUGCUCCCGGAGGAGGCCUUACUGGGCAGACUCUCAGUGCUUCCAGGAAUUAGUGGCUGGGGAGCGGACCACCCAUAUCCUGUGAAAGCGGGUCUGAGAAGGGUGGAGGCGGUGGCCCUCUCUCCUGCUGGGAGCUGGGGACAGUCUCACUAGCCAGACCUGGCGUUGUAGGAGGGAGAACAGAGAUAGAAGGAGUCCAUCUAGGUGGGAGGAGAUGUUAGGACUGGGGUAGGCACUGGUCCUCUGUCAUGAAACCUCUUGCCAUCCCCAUUUUUCAGGCUCCAGGCUCCUGCCUUGGCAGCCUUCUUGUGAACUGGAGGAACCAGUGCAUUCUUUCCUAGCAUUUAAAAUCCGUUCUGUACAGUCCCCAUUUCACCUCCAUCUGGGCUGCUGUUGCCUCUUCCAAUAAAGUGACAUUAGAGAAUGUGCGAGCCUCUUAACUGGUGC